AUGCAAAAGGAGUUUGAUGCAUUGAAAACCCAAGGAGCCUGGCUGUUGAUCCCAUCACCAUCAAAUCGAUCAGUUAUUGGCAGUAAAUGGGUGUACAAGGUGAAGAAAAAUCCAGAUGGUACUGUCUCGAGAUACAAAGCUCGAUUGGUUGCACAAGUCUACACUCAAGAACAAGGUUUAGAUUAUUUCGAGACGUUGAGUCCUGUAGUAAGGCAUACUACAGUAAGGAUAAUCUCAGCUUUGGCUGCGCAAUUUGGUUGGCAAUUAAGGCAACUCGACGUUAAGAAUGCCUUUCUUCAUAGAGAGUUGGAGGAAGAGGUAUAUAUGAAACAGCCACAAGGCUUUGUGGAUCCUACAUGCCCAAAUCAUGUGUGCAAAUUGGUCAAGUCACUCUAUGGCCUAAAACAGGCUCCUAGAGCUUGGAACUCCAAGUUCACAAACUAUCUUCCAGCCAUUGGUUUCAAAUCAUCACUUUCAGAUAGUAGUCUCUUUGUGAAAAUGGAUGAUGGUGAUCUUGUUUUUCUAUUACUUUAUGUUGAUGACAUAAUCCUUACUGGUUCAAAUCCAAUAAAACUACAAGUUAUGAUUAAUGAUCUUGCUAGUGUGUUUGAUCUCAAGGAUAUGGGGAGAUUGUCAUACUUCUUGGGACUGCAUAUACAAUAUCACGAUGAUGGAUCUUUGUUUUUCACUCAAACCAAAUAUGCUAAAGAUCUAUUAAAGAAAGCAGGUAUAGACAGUUGUAAACCUACUUCAACACCAUCCAAACCUCAUACUCAGGUUCUUGCAGGAGAAGGGAGUUUGUUAUCUGAACCUAGUCAUUAUAGAAGCAUAGUUGGAGCAUUACAGUACCUAACUUUCACUAGACCCGAUAUAGCUUAUUCAGUGAACUUGGUUUGUCAAUUCAUGACACAACCAACUGAUAUACACAUGUUAUUGGCUAAAAGAAUUUUGAGAUAUAUACAAGGUACUGUCAACUAUGAUCUUAACUAUACUAAGAACAAGAACUUUGAUAUCAUUGCUUUCUCAGACUUUGAUUGGGCAGCAAAUAUUACCACCAGAAGAUCAAUUAUUGGUUUUGUUGUCUAUCUUGGAGACAAUCAUAUCUCGUGGCAAUCAAAUAAGCAGUAUAUUGUGUCUUGUAGUUCUACUGAAGCUGAAUAUAAAGCUUUGGCUCACUAUGCAGCUGAUAUCUUCUGGAUUCGAUCAGUUUUCAAGGAUAUUCAUUAG